AUGUCGUUAUCAACCUUUCUAGGCGUCACAUAUGUCACAUUGUGGUCCCUUUCGUUCUAUCCUCCUCUGAUAGUUAAUUUCAAACUAAAAUCGUCAGAUGCAAUAUCCAUAGACUUUCUAUUGUUGAACACCUUGGGCUACGUCACCUAUUUCAUUUCAUUAUUUCUUCAAUUAUACAGUUCGACCGUUAGAGUCCUUUACAAACACUACUACCAUGGUUUACCUCUACUUUCCGCCAUCGAUCUUCUAUUCGUUGCCCAUGGUCUGAUACUGAACCUGAUCACACUCAGCCAGCUAUAUUGCUACAGAGUCUGGAAUUUUAAGAGACGAAGCUUGAGGAUAAGUUUUCCAACAUAUCUCUUCUUCUUCGUAUUCUUCGCCUUCCAGGCUACGUAUUAUAUCUUGUCUAUUAAGGAUGCAACCACCUACAAUUUGAUGGUAUAUACGGUGAAUCUUUCGCUGUGGAAAGUCACAAUUAGUUUUAUCAAGUACCUCCCACAACUGUACUUCAAUUUCAAAAGAAAAAGCAUGAUCGGCUACCCCAUAAUGAGUAUUUGGCUGGACCUUUUGGGAGGCAUAUUUGCCAUGCUUCAAUUGUUUUAUGACUAUUCUUUAGUGAGUGCCAAGUGGGACCUUUUGGUGUUGGUUAGUAACAAUAAAGGCAAAUUUUGGCUCUCGAUGGUGACAUUUUUCUUUGAUUUUUGUUUCAUUGUUCAAUAUUAUUUUGUGUAUCCCAGCCGGGCAGUUAAUCAUGAGGAAGACAAAAUGAUGAGUAGAGUCUGA